GGGGCUCCACCCCAUAUAAAAUGCGAGGAUUAGAGCGGCAAAGAGUUAGGGCGGAAAAGGAAGAAAAACCAAAGCCGGAGUAUAAGAAGGAAGAGAAUCCCCUCUCCCUCUCUCAAAGCAGAGCUGACAUCGUUUCAAAACCAUAACUACACGAAAAGAUGGAUCGGUACCAGAGGGUGGAGAAGCCGAGGGCGGAAACGCCGAUCAACGAGAACGAGAUUCGGAUUACAACUCAAGGGCGGAUGCGCAACUACAUCACCUAUGCCACCAGUCUUCUUCAGGAAAAAGGCUCAGAUGAAAUUGUCUUCAAGGCGAUGGGAAGAGCUAUAAAUAAAACUGUUAUGAUCGUGGAGCUGAUUAAAAGAAGGAUUGUUGGUCUUCAUCAGAAUACAUCAGUUGGAUCAACUGACAUAACUGACACGUGGGAGCCACUAGAGGAAGGCUUACUUCCCCUUGAAACCACAAGGCAUGUGUCAAUGAUCACGAUAACUUUGUCCAAGAAGGAGCUGGAUACAUCCUCUGUUGGGUACCAGUCUCCUUUACCAGCUGAGCAUGUGAAGCCGUGGACUGAGUUGGACUAUGAGGGAGGAGAGGGUUCACCUGGUGGCCGAGGCAGGGGACGUGGUGGCAGAGGAGGCAGGGGGAGGGCUAGAGGAAAUGUCAACAUGGGUGGCGAAUAUGGAGAUGGGGGUUGGGAUAGGGGCCGUGGCUAUGCUCGUGGUUGGGGUCGUGGAAGGGGCCGUGGCUUUCGCGGUCGUGGAAGAGGUGGAUAUGGUGGUCCAGUUGAUUCACAGCAAAAUGCAGGUGGCUAUAAUGAUGAAGCGCCUGUUCAUGUUCGAGGUCGUGGUCGUGGGAGAGGACAGAACCGUGGGAGGGGUCGUGAUUUCAGAUCAAAUGGGCCAACCCAUGCUGCUCCAGGUGGGGAUGUAGCUGAUUGAUCUUGAUUUAUGCAAAGCCUCUGCUUCAUAAAAUGCCGGAUGCCUGCUCUCUUUUCUUUUUCUUUUUAAAUUUUUUAUAGUUUUUUUUUAAAUUUUAUUUUUAAAAUUUUUUUAUUGCCUUUUCUCUUUGGAUAUAACCCUAAUUUCUAUAAACUAUUAUGCUGUGGGUGACGAAUGCCAUGGCUGAUGUUUUUGUAGGUAGGUUUCUAUUCUCUUCUGAUUUUGUACCAAACUAAUUGUAGAGAUUACUAACAGAGCAGCACAUUCUUUCAUUUGUUUUAUAUAUUUUUGUGCAAUCAAUGACUGAUGAGAUCCGCUCUUCUUGCU